AUGAUUAGUAAAUCAAAUAUUUCUACUUCUAGCUCAUGCGGUCCAUCACUCGAACAGCAGCGGAGAUUCGAAAGUACUCAGCUAAGGCUACAAAUGCUAUCACGAAAAACAGAGGAAAUUCAUAUUGAUGAAUAUAUUAAAAAGCUUGCACUGGACAAUUGUUUCGUCACAAGCAAAGAUGAUGUUUCAAUUGUUUCCAAGGUCAAAACAACUUUACCUGAAGCUCCUCAUUCUUGCAUUUCUACCCAAAAUCCGCUUAGCCGUGGUGGUAAGUUCUCAGACCGAAUUUCUGGUGUAUUUUCAACUGAUCAAGUGUGUGAGAACCCAUCGCAUUUACUUGAUUUCCCGGAGGUUGGAUAUCUGAAUACUGCAAAGUCAUUUUCUCCAGCCAUUUCUUUAAAGAAACCUUCUUGGUUAGUGAAUUUCUCUUCUUUACCACCAAUUUAUGGCAAUGCCAUUCGUGCCGCUACAACAAGUUAUGGUCUCGACAGUUCAAUAAUUUACGAGAUAUUUCGCUCGUCGAAUUUGAGCACAGAAACAUUGUAUCAUAUUUGGUCACUUACAAGCUGCACCCAACCUGGUUGGUUUACACCGACUGAGUUAGCGACUGCUUUAGCUUUAAUCGGCCUGGUACAACGUAAGCAAUGGGAAUUACAAUCAUGUUCUCUUUCCGAAACUAUUACUAUCCAAUCACUUUACGAACAAAUAUGUCCACCUGUCCCUAUGAUACAAAUCCCUAACCCCAAUAGGUCGUCCAAUUCUACAGAUACGAUUUCUGGGCCGGAGUUAGUUACUUAUGAAAAUCUCCCAACUAGUUUUCGAGAUUCAGUGAUCUCAGGAUGUUCAAAGUUUCCCUUUCAACCCCCCAUAGUAGCAUUGUCUGCAUUUUCCAACCACUUGGAUAGCGAUUCUCGUCACCAAUCUAUUCAGUCAUCUACAAACUCCAGCACAUUAAAUAAUUCUGUAUACAAGAUACCAGAUCCCUUCACGCAUUUCGUUUCAUCGAGAACCCCAUCUAUAAAUGACCCUGAGUGGUCUGAUUUUGCUUCUUUUAAUACCUCUGUUAAGCAGCCAGAGCUUAAUAGUAAUAAUACCCCGAAAGUCGCUACAGAAGCUGAUAUUAAUGGACAGGAAAAAUCAGUCAUGAGCUCUCACAACUACCUAUUUGAUGAAGAGUUUGGAAAUUUUCAGACUAGUUAUUCCGUUAAUGCAUCAAAACCGAUUGAAAUUCUUGAUAAGCUUUCUCAUUCGAAUACACUAGUUACAACAAUUAAUAAUACUCCGUUAAAAUUACCAAUACAGAAAAAUGCUUAUAAUGAUGUGCAGAAUAAAAUGAAUUCUUCAGAAUCUUUAUACGAACAAUGGCUUCAUUGUUUAACUGAUUGCCUGAAAGUAUUCAAUGAUUCAUUGUUAGUUUUAUCUUCCCUUAAAAGUAUGGAAGAUCAGUUUGAAUUUGCAGAAAGUGAAGAAGGAUGUAAUUUCUUAUUGGAUGCCACUGAAAUUUAUUUGAUGACAAGACGAAUAAGCAUUUCAGCCAAGAAUUACAAUGUACUUAAUUCGUCUAUGCAUCAAGUGUUUACGGAUAUUGAAAAUUCAUUUCGUAAAUUGUCAUCAUUUGCUGUUGUAACUGAUCUAAAGAAUAAAAUUGAUCAGGCUCUUAAGUUUGUUUCAACAUCAGAAAAUGAAUUUGUUAUUAAGGAUUUUAUGAAUUCAACUACAUUCUCAUAUUGUGGAGUUUGUCUUUCAUCGAUCAGCCUGACUGAUGGCCAGUGUAUUAA